UGAAGUAAGUUUUCUGCUGCUACCACCUCCCUUGGACAUCAGACUCCAGCUUCAGUAGCCUUUGAACACAGACUUGCAGCAGCUCUUUUCUACAUACUAGAAGGUUGGUAAACGUUGGACAAGUGAGCAAACAAGAGUAAGCGCGGUUUAUAUUACCGUGUGUAUUCUAACGAGGACCUUCGGUACCUUAACAAAGAGUGACUAGUGUGACCCUUCCAGGGCCUAAGAGGCCACACACAAUGGGGUAUUUUCUGCCAGGGCUACUGUGAAUAUUGUCUCACACCAUGCUGACAAAGCCUAAGGGUCUUGGAGCUUGGAGAGAGGCUCUGUGGUUGCGAGCUGCCUUCCAGGCCUCCUUGGAGCUGAAAUUUCUUGUGACCACUCUGGGGGCUGAGGCUUGUUGCUUCACAGUUCACCUCCAUAUGACUCCCAGGAGACAGAAAAGAAACCAGACAGCAUGAUGCAUGAAUUCUGGAUUAUCUGGCAUUUUGUCAACCCAUGGCCUCCAUUCUGUAGCUCUUAAGCAACCAACUCCUCUUGACUGUCCUAGAGAAGAUCACAGGAAGAGAAGCUGAAGAGAAAGGCUUUCCCAAGGCAUGACCCGGUUCAGAUGAAGGCAGAUUUCAUAACUGCUGCUCACAUGUAGCUAAAGUGCCCAUGGUCGUGGCCCACAACGACCUUCUGAAUCACCAAAGAAAGCUAAGUGGAGCUUUUAUGGGGGAGAGGAGUAAUGAGCUGUCUCCUGAGGUCCCUUUUAACCCACACAGUCUUGGCACUGAAUUGCAUCAAACUUUUUUAUGAAGCAAUAGUUGGAUUUCACACCUGUAUAAGAAUUUCACACUGCGCUUUCACUGUGAAGAGUAUUGCGUUGUAGUCAAAUUGUUUAAAUCUCAGUCAUUUCUGAGGAAUACCAUCUUCAUAAAGAAAAGCCUAAUUGCAUACCUCCCCUGUUCUAAUGUGACAGCACAGACUUCUACCUGCUCUGCAGGGUAAAGGCCGGGAUUGAGCUGCUGGGAGGUGGAGGCAGUUAGAGCCAUUGGCCAUUCCGAACCAGUGAGGCAGAUAGCACCUGCUGCUCCUGUGGAGGUUGCUGACCCAUCUGUCUGCCCGAUGUGCACAGGCCAGUUCCGCAAGGGCUCCCCACUCAGCGUGGCUUCUCUGUUAUGCAGACCAGGCCACCUCAAAGCUGCUUGCAAACUUUCCACUGAGUGCUGAGCCAGCUGCAGCUUCCUGCUCUGUCGAGAGUUCUCCCAGAUCCCAAUCAAAGCACAAAGAAUUGAUCUGUUAGAUUAACCAGGAAGGAAGGAGCGGGAGAGUGAGCUCAGGAGGUUGUAGGGCUGAGUGUUUUCUGUGUAGCAGGCCCCUCCCUUCUGACUGGAGUAUUAAUUGCUACAUUACCGCUCCCAUGUAGGAAAGACAGUCAGCAAAGCCUGGGAGGGCUCCAGCUCCUCCCUUUCUGCUCUGCUCAAUUUCACUCUCAUCAUCUGUUCUCUCGGAGCGCCUGGUGCCCUGGCAGUGCUGUCCCAGCCCUGGCUGUCCAAGGUCCUCCUGUGGUGAGGACUUGAGUGGACAGCAGCAGAAGGUGGAGAGAGGGAGGGAAGAUUUGCCCUGCAGGCUUUCCGGAUGCAGAAGCUGGACUUGCUGCAGAGGCAGCUGUGCUGUUCCCGGAGCUUGGCUUCUAGGGUGCACCCAUCUCUCAGGGUUCGCCUAAGCAAGCUCCAAGUUCCAGGAGCACUCAAGGUGGGUGCUGUCCUUUUUGGGUGCUGACAGCAAAGCCUGUCACUUUCUGCCACCAUGAGCGGCUGCUCCAAGAGAUGCAAGCUUGGAUUUGUGAAAUUUGCUCAGACCAUUUUUAAGCUCAUCACUGGGACCCUCAGCAAAGAUAAGAUUGAAGAUGAGCUGGAGAUGACCAUGGUUUGCCACCGACCUGAGGGACUGGAGCAACUUGAGGCCCAGACCAACUUCACCAAGAGAGAGCUGCAAGUCCUUUACCGUGGCUUCAAAAAUGAGUGUCCCAGUGGUGCAGUCAAUGAAGAAACAUUCAAGCAGAUCUACGCUCAGUUUUUCCCUCAUGGAGAUGCCAGCACCUAUGCCCAUUACCUCUUCAAUGCCUUCGACACCACCCAGACAGGCUCUGUGAAGUUCGAGGAUUUUGUAACUGCUCUGUCGAUUUUACUGAGAGGAACAGUCCAUGAGAAACUAAGGUGGACAUUUAAUUUGUAUGAUAUCAAUAAAGAUGGAUACAUAAACAAAGAGGAAAUGAUGGACAUUGUCAAAGCCAUCUAUGAUAUGAUGGGGAAAUACACAUAUCCUGUGCUCAAAGAGGAUACUCCAAGGCAGCACGUGGAUGUUUUCUUCCAGAAAAUGGACAAAAAUAAGGAUGGCAUUGUGACUUUAGAUGAAUUUCUUGAAUCCUGUCAGGAGGAUGACAACAUUAUGAGAUCUCUCCAGCUGUUCCAAAAUGUCAUGUAACUGGGAACCCUCGGCCCCUCAGCUCUCAGAGACAUUGUACCUUAAUACCUUGAUCUGCCCUUGUUCUGAUUUUACACACCAACUCUUGGGACAAAAACACCUUUUACACUUUGGAAGAAAUCCCUGCUGAAGACUUUCUAUGAAACCCAGCAUCCCAUGGCUCAAUCUCUGAUCUCCAACUCUUCCUUCUCCCUCCUCUUGAGAGAGACAAAAUUUGAGUUUAUUUUGGAAGCAUGCCGAUCUCUUCAAACUGCUGCUCUAUGGAAGGUCCCUCUGCUUGAGCUUAAACAGUAGUACACAGUUUCCUGCUUAUGUGCCCCCAGCCCACUGCCUCCACAUGGAGCAGACUUUGAUGAAUUUGGAAGCCAGAGGACCUGAGCCAAAUGCACACCAUCCUCUGAUGGCCUCCCAAACCCAAUGUGCCUGUUUCCCUUCCUUUGUGGGAAGAAAGAGUGUUACACAGAACAAUUAAAAUCUACCAUGACUAGACUGGGGGAGGUAGCACCUAAACAUGUAGAAUAGGACUGAAUUACUAAGCAUGGCAUUGUCUGAUGACCUAAACUGACCACGUCAUUCAUUUCCAGAGGCAAGGACUAAUAAUUUUCCUGCACUAGCAUCUAUGCUAGUAGUGCAAGUCUCCUAACAUGCCCAGGAAGAGAGCCAUUGCCCAGUGGUCUACAACUCCUCUCCAUCCCCUGCUCAAGCGCAUCACUGCAUGUUCCUCCCAAAAAGUCCAGAAUGCCUGCAAAUUGCUGUAAUUUUUUACCAUGUUCUAAUCAAUAAAUAGAAUUAUUUCUUACACUCUCAA